UUUCGCAGAUCGAUCCGACCGACUGACAAACGUAAUCGAAAAUCUCGAGGUUAAAGUUGCCUAUGCCAGUGGUGUGCGUAAGAGAAGUCUAGGCGUAAAUUACUUAAGUUUCAUGUGACAAAUUCCUUCACAAGUGUGUUUUUUAUAACGAACCAGCAAUGUUGUUUCAUAAAAAUUUGUAUGGAAAAUACCAAUCUAGCCCUCUUAACUUGUGAAAGAGCGGGCAACAAUGGUCAUAUACAAUUUUAUCCAUUCAUUUGCAUAACUAGUGGAUCUUGGAUAAUUUAACCAAGUAUUUUAAGGGACUAUAGAAUCUCUUAUAUCAAUAUAAAGAGUGUCAAAAAAGUAGCGAACUUUUCAGAAUUUAGUUCAUUUACUAGAAGAAUAUGCUGUUAAAGAGAUUUAUUACAGUGAACUCGCGGUAUGAUCUUUUCGUUCAGAAGAUCGUGCAAUCUUACCUUAAUCGAUAGGAAAGUGAAUGACGAAGAAAGUAAUUACACAUUUUCAACACGAGCAUAAGUGUACAACUGUUAAUUGAUAUGUGGACGAGCUGGUUUGGCACAGAUUAUAUUAACAAAGUGAGUAUGUCAAGAAGAAAACCUGGCAGCGGUGACAGACAAUUCAACAACGUGGAUUAUACACAGCUUACAGAAACUGAUAAUGGCUUUGUUGAUUCACAGUUUGUGAAUCCACCUGUGAAAAUACCAUGGAAAGCCAUUAUGUUAGCUGCUCUUCUUUUUGUUGGAGGUACUAUUAUGCUCAUCAUGGGUAGUCUAAUUGUAAGUGGACAUAUUGAUUCAAAGUAUUCAGAUCGUAUGUGGCCAGUUAUUAUUUUAGGAAUUCUAAUGUUUAUACCAGGUGCUUAUCAUAUGAGGGUUGCUAUUUUAGCUUAUCAAAAGGUACCAGGUUAUUCAUUUGAUGAUAUUCCAGAGUUUGAUUAAUGGAGUACAACUUUUUUACUAAGUAUUAGUUGAGAGGUCGAAUAUUGUUAUUAAUAUAUUAAACAUUUAAUUUACAUCAAACUGUUUUAUAUAAAUUGUAGAUAUAUGUUUUUCUUGAAAUAUAUAUGUAAGUAUUUACAGAUAAUAUGACAGUACAAUUUGGUGUUGUACUUAAGUGUCCAUUUUAUGCAAGUAUUAGAUUUAAUCUUAAUUUAAUUUAAUUUUAAAACAUAUGGCAAUUAUUCAGAAUAUCAAAAGUUUAAUUGUCAGUAUUACAACUACAAUACAUGUUAUUUUUGUAUAACUAUAGUAUACUUUCAAAAAGACCACAAAUUCACAUGUACAUAUUCUACCAUUAUGUAAUUACAUAAUACCAAUGAUCUGUGCAGUUUUAUUGUACAAUCUACCAAACACAGUCAACUUAAAAAUAACAAAGCCAUUUUUUAAUUUGUAAUAACUUACGUAUAAAAUAAUUAUAAUGAAAAUUAAAACAAUAAUCAAUUUCCAUAAACAAAAUAGCUUAGAAAAAAUGUAAAGAAAUAUUAAUCCAAAGAGUUUCCCCCUUUAAUAAGGAGACUUUUUUAUCUUAUCCUUUAAGUAACUUAAGAUACUUUUCUUACUUAAUUUAUGUAUUUUAUUUGACCUCCUUUUUGCUAUUAAAAUGGGUGGAUUAAAUUGACUUUUUAAUAUAUUUUUCAUUAAAAUUUUGCUUUUUUCAAUUCUUCCAGGUUGGUUUUUUUCUUCCACCAAUAAAUUUCUUAUUUAAAGAGAUAUUUUGUAAAAAACUAAAGUUCAUUUAUGAAAUUGGUAAAUUUCUGUAAUGAAUUUUAUAUUAGCUAUAACUUGCCUCAAAAUUAAGAUAUAUAUUGAAUUCUCUUGGGUUAAUAUUACCGAGUCCAUGUCCAACAUGUAAUAAAAGUUGUAUCUAGUAUUGCAAGAUACAUUUCUUCUUUUGUCCAAUUGAUAUUAAGUUGUUCGAAAAGUUUCUUUCGUUUUAUAAGGAAAUACUAGACGCACAAUGUUUUUUGUUUUAUAUUAGUUUAUUGAAUUAUGCACAAAUGUAAUA